CACAAUGUCUGAUAAAGCGGUUGAGAAAGUUGGACGCCCAAUGAAGUAUCCAUAUACUUUCAGUGCAAAAAUUGCCCAAUUCCCUCUGAAGCAUUAUAUCCAAAAGCAAUGGAUUUGGAAAUACUAUUUCGUUGCCUUCGGUUUGUGCAUUCCUGUCUUCUAUAAAAUCAGCAAAUUGGCCAACUCACCCGAAAACAAGAAAAAGUGGGCCGAGAGCCAGGCAAAGGAAGCUGCCGAACAUCAUUAGGUGUACAAGAAUUUCACUCGCCCCUUGAUUUAAUAUCUAAUAUGAAAACUUUCGAAAAUAUGUUCAGGAAUAAAUAGCACACAUUUAGCCCUAACAAAA